CAAGUGUGUUCACUGUGAAGGGUCUCCCACGCCAAUAGGUUGCCAUGUUCACAAUCGUGAAGAACGAGAUUGACGGCAAUAUGAAGUAUCAUAUCCUUGCGCCGGAUGAAGUGGAGGCUUACAACGACAUCUUCAAGGUGUUUGACGAGGGAGGAAAAGGAUACCUGACAGCAAGCGAUUUCAGUAGAGUGGGCAACAUCCUCCACACCAGCAACGCCGACACGUCAGACGUCUGUAGCAGCUUUGACAUCAACGGUGACGGUAAAGUGACGCUGGACGAGCUACUAACUGUCGUCACGUGCAUGAAUCAGAAGGCAAAUACAGAAACGGAAAUGUCCCACGUGUUCCGACUGCUGGACAAGAACAGCGAUGGUUGUCUGGACAAGGAGGAACUCAAGCAGUUGAUGACGUCGUUGGGGAAACAGUUGUCUGAGAAGGAGGUGGAUGAACUGAUCAUGAAGUUUGACAGCGACCUGGACGGCCGUCUACAGUAUGGAGAAUUUGUGAAGAUGUUGUCCUCAUAAAGCAAACUUUGGGAGACGUCUGCAGAAAAGACAACGAUCUGCUGAGACAUUCGGCUCAUCACCGUCCAAGACCCCAGGGUGAGCGACUGCUGCCAUCUUGACACACGGUUGCACAACCACUGCUGACAUGAACAUUUGCAUUGUCAAUUUUGCUGACUCAGCUAUUCAGCUGAUUGCUCUAUUUGUCUAGUGUACACAAUAUUAUUGAUUUAUCUAUUAUCACACGUGUUAUUUUAAGGUUAACUGUGCAAUAAAGUUACUUUAGGGUACACUUUUUGUCUUUGAUUUAUUGAAUGAAUAUUAAAGUGUGAACACAGAA